GAGUCAAAACAUGCAGACAAUUUUACAUAGUCUCAACAGUAUCGCAGUACAAUGAGCGAGUCGCAUCACGUGAUGUCCCGUCGCGCCCAGGCCAUGCCAGGCCCGGCCGGCCAGGUGACGCGCCAAAAUGUCAGGAGGUGGGAUGUUUUGCACUGGAAUCCAAUCCAAACAAAGGCAUGCAGCAACCGCCGCCACAGUCGCUUCGACAGUGUCGCAUGACCAAGCGACGACGAAAGAGGUCGAGCGUCCAACUUCGCAGAUCAGUGGCAUCAAUCGCAACACACCAUGUCUUCCACCGAUGCGAACCCCAACGCCAGGCGGUCCUCGCAGGCCUUCGCUGCGGCCAAAGGCGACGAUGAUUUGUCCAGCUCGCUGCAACACCUCUCCAUUUCCGCCAGCGAUGCCUCUGUGGCACAAGACUCGAAGCCCCCGCGGCUGAGCAAGUCAUCGACACCCCUCCAGCCACCACCUCGCCGCUCCUCCUCGCAAGCUCGAGCCCCUUCUCGAAGCCCUUCCAGCGGUCCUCGUUCUCGCGCUGGCUCGCCGGGUCUCCAUCGCAAAGCGUCCAUGAACUCGUUACGCUCGGUCAAUGGCGGUGAGGGCCCUCAAAUUCCACUUCGAAGGUCAAGUUCGAGCCAGAAUCUCUCUCCAACAUCCAAGACAUUUGCAGUACCAGUGCGACCACCAGUCACAGCCGGCAGCAUUGCAAAGGACUGUCUGCAGGCUGAAAUCGAGGCAUUCCAUGGGGAUUCGACGGCUCUGCCCACCGAAACAGUGGUCAUCCUCAACGAUGCUGUCUAUGGCCACCGCUUUUCCCGACCACGCACGUCCAAGGGGGCAUUGAGCACAAUUGUCGAACGCCCAGAGCGAAUCAAGGCUGGAGUCUUGGGCAUUUCGUUGGCUUACGUUCGCCUUGGUGGCCGUCAUAGCGAAGGACCUCAGCCAUUGCACCCAUAUCGUGACAUUGAGGGGCUGCAAAGUAUACCUUUUAAGAUUCAGAAGACGACGAGAAGGCUGUCCCUUCUUUCGCCUGCAGUGACCAAUGUACAUGGGACGAAAUGGAUGGAAGAAUUGAAGAUGAUGUGUGAACUGGCCGAGUCUAGGCUGGCCAUGGGCGGCAAGGAGCUCCAAAGGCGACCGCGAAGCCGGGCUGGGGACGAGGCUACGCCGACCAAGCUACACGAGGGCGAUCUGUAUCUAUGCGCGGAAUCACUGGAUGCGAUAGAGGGUGCACUCGGUGCUGUCUGCGAGGGUAUCGAUACCGUCUUCGGCCCUGGACCCAACAGAGCCUUCGUUGGCGUGCGACCGCCGGGCCACCAUUGCUCAGCCGCUCAUCCGUCCGGAUUUUGCUGGGUCAACAACGUCCACGUUGGCAUCAUGCAUGCUGCCAUGAACCACGGCCUGACGCACGCGGCCAUGAUCGACUUUGACUUGCAUCAUGGCGACGGCUCCCAGGCUAUUACGUGGGCGCAUAAUGCUCGCGCAAAUACUGCUACGAAGAAUGCUGCACCUUGGAAGAAGACGUCGAUUGGGUACUUCAGUCUGCACGAUAUCAACUCCUAUCCCUGCGAGGGUGGCGACGAGAACAAAGUCAAGAAUGCAAGUCUUUGCAUUGACAAUGCACACGGCCAGUCCAUUUGGAAUGUCCACCUGCAACCGUGGGGUUCGGAAGAGGAGUUUUGGGAGCUGUACGAAUCCAAGUAUGCGGUCAUUCUGGAGAAGACGCGCAACUACCUGAAGCAUCAGGCGGAGAGAUUGAAGAGCCUGGGCCAAGCACCCAAGGCUGUCAUUUUCUUUUCUGCUGGGUUCGAUGCCAGUGAAUGGGAGAGCGCGGGCAUGCAGCGCCAUGCGGUCAAUGUGCCUACUGCAUUCUACGCACGUAUUUCGCAAGACGUGGUCAAAUUAGCCGGUGAAGAAGGCUUGGGCGUUGAUGGUCGCGUCGUCAGUGUGCUCGAGGGUGGCUACAGCGACAGGGCGCUGUUCUCGGGAACGUGCAGUCAUCUCUGCGGACUCGCUGAUGGCCCAAGCACGAAGCCUCCACCGACCGGCGUCGACGGCCUGGGCACGGAGAUGGGCAGGAAGAUUGGGACAGUGGCCGAAGAAGGACAGCCCGAGCCAAUCUUGGGCUCGGCAGAUACGUUUGAUCCCUCAUGGUGGUCUAGCCCGGAGCUGGACAAGUUGGAGGCAGUGAUGGCGAACCUGAUCGGAGAACCAAAGAAACCGCGCCAGUCCGGCACGCCAACCUACCACUCGCCGACGCAGGCUUCAACAGCAAAGGUCACAGAUCCGAUCAAAAUGCGCCGCAGUCUUUCUGGACUCUCCGGUGCCUCCAAGGCUAUGGCUCGCCCACCGUCGCCGCCACCCCCCGAGGUCCCCUGGACUGUUGCUGCCAUCGAGCUGUCCAAGCUGCUGAUUCCCUCUGAUCGUCAGGUCGAUAGCUGCCAGGCCGAGGAUCUGAACGCCGAGGCGACCCGGGCACGCCAAGCCAAACAGCACUCGCUGGCUGGGACCACGCCCAUGACCACCCCCGAGCGACCGUCCUCCAAGAUGUCCUUGCGAGGCAGGAAGCCAAAGCCUGCCGCGCUCGCUGAGGAGAGCACAGUGGAUAGGCGUAGAACUAUGGGCGCAGCAACCGCCACGCCGGUCAAGGCCACGCCGCGUGGAAAGCAGGCGGUGCCGAGCGCGCCUCAGUCCGCCAGACGUAGUAGUAGGCGAACUAGUGGCGCCUCCGCCCUUGUCACGCCCACUGAAGAAGUGCCUCCGCUACCUGCGAUCGAGCAGAGUCAGCCUGGCCCUGCCGAGACGGCACGCCCAGACCUAGUCACUGCCGGCAGGUCUAUGAGUACCGGUACUCUGCCUGUCAAGAAGACUAGGCCGAUGGCCUCUGCUCGCAAAGAGCCCAAGACCGCUCGCGCCCCGAAGACGACAGAUGCGUCGUCCAGCUCCCAGGGAGAGCCUUCGCGUGCUGUCGAUGAUGCGCUGGACAACAUUACUACUGGCAUGAAAAAGAUCAAGAUCAACCUCAUCACGAAAGCGCAGAGGGAGGCCAAGGAGAAGGAGAAAGAUAGGGCACAGGCGCAGGCUGCCUCCAGUGCUGCAGCAACUCCUUCUGAAACAAGAUCAAUGCGCUCAGGACGCUCGACGCCCCUCCUUUCGCCCACGUUGGAGGUUCAGGGAGCGAUUCGGGCGACCGAGUCAAGCGAGGACCAUCCUGUCAAGGAUGAGAAGCCCCCAACGCCCACGAUUGUCACCAAUGCCCCGGAUGAGGACGUUCAGCCCAAGGUGGAAGAGGGUCCAGUUGCAGACACGCCGGAUGUUUUCAUUCCCUACCAGCCCGAGGGCCCAGCCCCCGAACCUGCGGCUGCCUCCUCCGAGCCCUUGCAAUGGCUUCCACCGAACUUCAACACGCCCGCGCCCACGCCCUCUCCUGCGAAGCGCAACAACAACCUCUUUCAUUAUACCCCAGGCAGUAUCCCGUUUGCGCCUCGCCCAGCAUCGCCCGCCAAAACAGAUCUGCCACCCCCCAAGGAAGAAGACGAGCAGGCCAAGCCUUGAGUGGGUGGGAGUUUCUGGAUACUUUCAUGCGUGUCUGUGCUUCAUGAUACCCAUCUUUGCCGGCGUCUGCGCUUCUUUGCUUGGGGACGACGUGUAGCUUAAUCGUA